UACGUCCUACGUCACGCGCCUCAGGACGUCACGCGCCCGCCAGGCAGCCUGGGAGUCGAGUGGGCGGGGCCCGUUGCUCGGGCGGCUUCCGGGGGGGAGCGUCGCGCGCCGCAGGGAGGCUGUUCCAGACCCGCGUCGGGAUGAAGGACUCGCUGUCGCUGCUCGCCCGGAUCCCCGCCCACCCUGACUCUCGCUGCUGGUUCCUGGCCUGGGACCCCUCCGGGACCCUGCUGGCCUCCUGCGGGGGAGACCGCAGCGUCCGCAUCUGGGGCAAGGAGGGUAGGGAGCCGCUGCCAGGCUGGGCCUGUGCUGUUAGCUGGUGGGUGGGGAUGCGGCUCUGUCCCAGGAAGGUGAAAUCCCAGCUGCUCUUGGAGUCUCCUGGGUCCUGGGAGCCCCUCUGGCCACGGGCUGCUGCCUCACGUUGUGCCUUGGCCAUAGGAAAAGCUACUUGUGAGCUAGGCUGGGAGGGGAGCUCUGGCUGCCAAGCCCCCCACUCUUCGCUCACCUCUCUCUUGUCCUCUGCCCUAGGGGAUGGCUGGGUGUGCAAGUCCAUGCUGGGCGAGGGGCACCAGAGGACCAUCCGGAAGGUCGCCUGGUCCCCGUGUGGGAGCUACCUGGCUUCAGCCAGCUUUGAUGCCACCACCUGUAUAUGGAAGAAGAGCCAGGAUGAGUUUGAGUGUGUGACCACCCUGGAGGGACAUGAGAAUGAGGUGAAGUCCGUAUCCUGGGCCCCAUCCGGCAGCCUCCUCGCCACCGGCAGCCGAGACAAGAGCGUCUGGGUCUGGGAAGUGGACGAAGAGGACGAAUACGAGUGUGUGAGUGUCCUGAACGCCCACACGCAGGAUGUCAAGCACGUGGUCUGGCAUCCCAACCAGGAGCUGCUGGCAUCAGCCAGUUAUGACGACACGGUGAAGCUGUACCGCGAAGAGGAGGAUGACUGGGUGUGCUGUGCCACGCUGGAGGGGCAUGAGUCCACUGUGUGGAGCCUAGCCUUCGACCAGAGUGGGGAGCGCCUGGCCUCCUGCAGCGACGACAAGACAGUGCGCAUCUGGCACCAGUACAAACCAGGCAAUGAGCAAGGGGUGGUCUGCAGCGGCGCCGACCCCAGCUGGAAAUGCAUCUGCACCCUGUCUGGCUUCCACACCAGGACUAUUUACGACGUGGCAUGGUGUCGCCUGACAGGGGCAUUGGCUACCGCCUGCGGAGAUGAUGCUAUCCGCAUAUUUGAGGAAGAACCGCUCUCGAAUCCCCAGCAGCCCACCUUCGCACUGACCGCCCACAUGCCCAGGGCUCACUCCCAGGACGUGAACUGUGUGGCCUGGAAUCCCAAGGAGCCAGGGCUGCUGGCAUCAUGCAGUGACGAUGGAGAAAUGGCAUUUUGGAAGUACCAGCGGCCAGAGGUUUGCUGAGAAUCCCAGCAGUGCAGCUCACCCCCACCUCCCUCCCCACGCCAUGGACCCAGCACAGCCAUGGGCCCGGGGCUGGGGUGUGCAGCAGCAGUUGUUACCUGGUGGGAGGGCUAAUGUUCCCUGCAGCCCUAACCUGCAGGGGGAAAAGAGCAGCCCCUUCGCCCUGGACUGCUCCAGCACUUGGAUCACCAGGGCAUCAUUGUGAACCCUACCCAAGUUCUGCUAAACUAGGGUCUUAAAGGUAGAUGGGGGGGGGGUGGGGGUGUGUGUGUGUGUCAAACAGCUUCCCUAGGGAAUGGCUUGCCUAGGUCUCAGUGGAUGGUAAGGGGGCAAGGGCUCCUUCCUGGACCUGCUGCUAGACUGGCAGGAUGCUUCAGUGUGUGGCUCUUCACAAUAGUGCAACUCCUUGACAGGUGCCAGGACCAGUUCUGGAGCUGGUCCCUGUUCUGGCCGUUAUAUGGGAAACGGGCAUUUCCUGGUUGAGGGUUUCACGGACAUGGGCCAUGUACAAUCCGUUAUGGUUGGGACUGUUCUAGACCCAGGGUGGGGUGGAGGGAAGGAGGGGCUGCCUGCUGCCCUGUCAGUCUGUGCUUGAAGAGUUCUAAUAAAUAAUCACGUGCUGUCCCCCCA